GUCACAUUUUGGUUGAAAAUUUUCUAAAAUCAUACAUUUUGAUCAACUAAAUUUAAAGUUUCGGAAUAUAGAAAGAUCUUCUCCUUGGUCUUAGAAUGGUGUGCCGCUUCAAUCCAUUUUAUAUUGGGCCAACGCCGCCCAGCUGCUGCACGGAUCUUAAGCCCGAAUGCGAUUGCCCAACGUGCUCACCAGACACAGGGUAUCAGGAGCCUCGACCCGUUCACGAGGAGUGCAACCAGGGUGUGUCGAAAAAGGAGACCAAGGAGAGCAAAUGCAAUCCACCAUGCAUAGAGGCACCCAAGAGGGUGAAGAAGGAAAAACACGAUGAAGUCUCUAAAAAGAAAUACAAAAAAAUAUGAAAUAUCAAAUAUUAUAGAUUUUAUUUUUUUAAGAAAAUAUAAAAAAAUUAAAUUAUGGUG